UCCCCUCCCCACGUUAUUAUCAGAUCAUUUCAUAGGUUCUCAUGCAGAGAAAGAGCAUAACGGUGUAAAAAAUGUGACUAAUACCUUGUUUUUCAUAUUACGGUAAAAGACAAAAAAAAAAGAAAAACAUUCAAUUAGCUGAGUACAAGAAUAUUUGAGCACGCUUGUUUUGUACCAUAUGUCGAAAUUCUUUUUGUCUGGUGGUGAAGCGGUUGCACUUCCUGUUGUGAUAUUUUUUUAACUUGACAAAGAUGUAGUCAUAGGAGGCUCAUACUGGACGAGUCCAUCCGACAAAGAACGAAGAGCUGUCGUGUGGCAUACAUUAUGCUUUGGUAUAUGUACAGUCUAUGGUGCCACCAAGCGACUAAAUAGGUAACUGUUUAUCUCAAUGAAAGCAAAGGCAGCGGGUUUGCCCUGAGGAGUCUCAAAAAAUGCACAAAUUAUAUAAAUGAGAAAAUGAAUGAAAUAAAGUCAUUUCUCAUUAGAUAUUAUUUUAGAUAAUUACAUAUUUUGUGAAGACAAAAUACUGGUGAUGGUUCAGCAUGUGAAGUAUUUCUUAUUAAAACAAUGUAACUUGGUCUAGUGUUCCCAUGGCAACAGGUGGUUGUUAUACAACCAGGCAUGACCCCAUCGGCAGAACAAUCAGAUGGAUUCCUGUUGUAAGUCGGUAAGGGGCCAGAAUUUUGUUUCUAACCUGGAAUAAUUCAGUUGGAAUAGAGUAAAAACAAUGCAAAACACUAAAACAGCUCAAGAGAGGUCGCAGUAUGGACAAAGGAUGAUUUUUACAGGUCCAGAUGGAGUUGGAGACUACAGGCCAAGAUCAAAUUACUUCCCCCUGUACAUCGGUGUGGGUGCUGCUUCUCCUGGGGCCACAAAAGAUCUGAAUUAUUUAUGGCGAGCUGCACCACACAGUCACCCACUCAGGGCCAGGCAGAGCUACGUGGGCGAGGUGGGCUGGGGAUGGCAAUACAACCAGCAGCUCAACAACGAUGCACUGCUCAGCAAUAUGCAAAUAAAGAAAACAGAGGCACGGGUGGCCCUGGAGGACCAAGUCACUCAGAAGUUUCAGGACCAGUAAGCUUUCAUUUAAACCCCUUCACCCUACCUCCAGAUUAUGUUUUUGUUUGUAUUCAGAAUAUUAUUCUGUUACAUAUGAGUGAUGUGUAAAAAAGGAGUGGAAAGAGCUCAACUUUGGACAGAAGCUGUAUUUAAAGUGAUCGUUUCCUCAUCCAUAAUGCAACACUGCCACUUUGGUUAGAACCUAGCGCCCCAAACUGUGGAUAAGACUUCCUGCAGAAUCGCCUGAUCACACCUGGAGCAAACACUACAGAAGAAUCAUUUGGUAGUUUUACAUGUCUGAUAACAAGAUUUCCACGAAUAAAUUAUUUAAUAUUUAAUUUCUCUAUAUUGGAAUAAAAAGUGUAUUAAAAUAUUUUAGAAUGAAUCUGUGGUUCAUCAGUAGAUUUUUAAAUGAUGGCUUAUAUGUAGUUUGAAUUAAAGAAGUAUUUACUUUAUCUAACCAGCAAUAAAGAUUUAAUGUAAAAUGUUCAGUGGUUUUACUCUUGAGUAUUGGUUAUUUUAACCACUUUGAACCCAUUUAUAUUUUUCUUUUUUUGCUGUCAACUUUUAAUUUGAAAAGCAGAGGUGUGGACUUGAGUCACAUGACUUGGACUCGAGUCAGACACGAGUCAUUAUUUUAAUGACUUCUGACUUGACUUGAUAAAAUUUAUAGACUUACAACUUGACUCAGACUUGAACGCCAAUGACUUGCGGCUUGAAUCAACUUGCAUUUGUUGAC